AUGCUCUCUUGUCGUCUUCUUCUUCUUCUUCUAUUUCUCCUCCCUUCCACGUAUCUAACUCUCUCUCUAAACAACGAUGCCACCAUUCUCCGGCAAGCCAAAUUGGGCCUAUCCGACCAGGCCCAGUCACUAUCUUCGUGGUCCGACAACGACGUCACACCGUGUCAGUGGCAAGGCAUCACCUGCGACGCUACAUCAGCUGUCGUCUCCGUCGAUCUGUCAAGCUUUGCGCUCGUCGGUCCUUUCCCUUCUGUCAUCUGCCGUCUUCCUUCUCUGUCUUUCCUCUCUCUCUACAACAACUACAUCAAUGGCUCUCUCUCCGCCGACGACUUCACGGCGUGCCGGAAUCUCCGCUAUCUCAAUUUGUCGGAGAAUCUCUUGGUGGGAAAAAUCCCGGAGUCACUCCCUUCCCAGCUUCCGAACCUCCGGAGCCUCGAAAUCUCCGGCAACAACUUAUCCGGCAUGAUUCCACCAACCUUCGGAGAGUUCCGCAAGCUUGAGUCUUUAAACCUCGCCGGUAAUUUCCUCUCCGGCACAAUUCCGACCUCGCUCGGCAACGUCUCGACUCUAAGAGAACUUAAACUCGCUUACAAUCUGUUUUCUCCGAGUCAAAUCCCGAGUCAACUCGGAAAUCUCACGGAGCUCCGUGUUCUCUGGCUCGGCGGCUGCAACCUCGUUGGUCCAGUACCUCCGGAGCUAUCGAGAUUGACUAAGUUGGUCAACUUGGAUUUGACAACAAAUCGACUCACCGGGUCUGUCCCGAGUUGGAUCACACAACUGAAGAACGUCGAGCAGAUUGAGCUAUUCAACAACUCAUUCUCCGGCGAGUUACCGGAAGCGAUGUACAACAUGACGAUGUUGAAGAGAUUCGACGCAUCGACGAACAAGCUAACAGGGAAGAUACCCAACGGGUUGACUCGGUUAAACCUCGAGUCACUCAAUCUCUUUGAGAACAUGCUCGAAGGAACCUUGCCGGAGAGCAUAACUCGCUCCAAAACUUUAUCAGAACUCAAACUCUUCAACAACAGACUCACCGGUGAACUACCGAGUCAACUCGGCGCGAACUCGCAGUUACAGUACGUGGACUUAUCGUAUAACCGAUUCUCCGGUGAGAUACCGACGAGUUUGUGCGGGGGAGGGAAACUGGAGUAUCUCAUGCUUAUCAACAAUUCGUUUUCCGGUGAAAUCCCAAAUAAUCUGGGAAAAUGCAAGAGCUUGACACGUGUACGAUUGAGUGACAACAAUCUUUCGGGUCACAUUCCAGACGAAUUCUGGGGAUUGCCUCACUUGUCGCUGCUCGAACUCUCCAGAAAUUCGUUCACCGGGAAAAUCCCGGAGACGAUCUCCGGCGCGAAGAAUCUAUCGAACCUCCGGAUUUCGAGUAACCGGUUUUCAGGAUCCAUACCCGGAGAAAUCGGAUCGCUUCACGGAUUGAUCGAGAUUUCCGGAGCGGAGAACAACUUCACGGGUGAAAUUCCCGGUAGCUUGGUGAAACUGAAGCAAUUGAGCAGGCUUGAUCUGAGCAACAAUCAACUCUCCGGCGAGAUUCCUUGUGGAAUUCGAGACUGGAAGAAUCUAAACGAGCUCGAUUUGGCUAAUAAUCAUCUCUCCGGUGAAAUCCCUAGAGAAAUCGGAACUUUACCUGUUCUCAACUAUCUCGACCUCUCAAACAAUCAAUUCUCCGGGGAAAUCCCGCCGGAGUUGCAGAAUCUGAAGCUAAACGUUCUCAAUCUAUCGUAUAACCGCCUCUCCGGUAAAAUCCCCACUCUCUACGCUGAUAAAAUCUACGCAAACAACUUCAUCGGAAAUCCUGGCUUGUGCGUCGAUCUCAACGGACUUUGUGAGAAGGUAUCAGAGCCUAAGAACAUCGGCUACGUUUGGAUCCUCUUAUCGAUUUUCACACUCGCCGGUUUGGUUUUCGUCGUCGGGAUCGUCAUGUUCAUCGCCAAAUGCCGGAAGAUCAAAUCCUCGAAGAGCUCUAGAUUCGCCGCGACGAAAUGGAGAUCCUUCCACAAGCUUCAAUUCAGCGAGCACGAAAUCGCUGAUUGCCUCGACGAACGAAACGUAAUCGGAUCCGGAUCCUCCGGUAAAGUCUACAAGGCGGAGCUAAGCGGCGGAGAAGUCGUAGCGGUGAAGAAACUCAACAAAACGGCCAAAGGAGACGACGAUUCUUUGAACAGAGACGUUUUCGCCGCGGAGGUUGAAACGCUAGGAACCAUUAGGCACAAGAGCAUUGUGCGUUUGUGGUGUUGCUGCAGCUCCGGCGAUUGCAAGUUGUUGGUUUACGAGUACAUGCCUAAUGGGAGCUUAGACGAUGUGCUUCACCGUCACGGCAAAGGCGGAUUGUUGAUCGGUUGGCCGGAGCGGUUGAGAAUUGCGUUGGACGCCGCCGAGGGUUUAUCGUACUUGCACCAUGACUGUGUUCCUCCGAUUGUGCACCGCGACGUGAAGUCUAGUAACAUACUGCUAGAUAAAGAGUAUGGCGCCAAAGUCGCCGAUUUUGGUAUCGCCAAAGUCGGUCAGAUUAGUGGUUCCAAAACGCCAGAAGCUAUGUCUGGGAUCGCCGGUUCUUGCGGUUACAUUGCACCAGAAUAUGUGUAUACACUUCGGGUGAACGAGAAGAGUGAUAUCUAUAGCUUCGGUGUGGUGCUUUUGGAAUUGGUUACAGGGAAGAGACCAACUGAUCCGGAACUUGGAGAUAAAGAUAUGGCGAAAUGGGUGUGCACUACACUUGACCGUUCCGGUUUAGAAUUUGUAAUCGAUCACAAACUCGAUCUUGGGUUCAAAGAAGAGAUUAGCAAAGUCAUUCACAUUGGUCUUCUUUGUACGAGCCCUCUCCCUUUGAACCGACCUUCCAUGAGAAAAGUUGUGAUCAUGCUUCGAGAAGUAUCUGGUGUUGUUUCUUGUAGCGGUCUAAACGCCUCUAAACGCUCUAAGAGCGGUGGGAAACUCUCGCCAUACUACACUGAAGACUUGACACGUGUUUGA